AUGUAGAUGAAUUACCUAAUUUUGCUAUGUUUUUCUGGUUUGUAAUAUGCAGAAGGCCUGCCAAUUGCUAAGAUGGACCUGUAAUACUAAAUUAAAAAUUAUGCGUUUAAGAAACCAGAAAACGAUAAAGAUGGUCCUUUCUGCUAUGUUUAUGGAUUUUUUACAAGAUAUAAUCCGCUGAUUGAGAUUAAUUAGUUAGGAGAUAUUGGAAUUUUAGACAGUAAUUGCUAUCAUAUAUUUAAUAUCAGAGAUACUAAAGAUAAUAACAUUAACUUUUUAUAUUAUGAUUGUGUAGAUUAUUAAAAAAAAUAAAUACAAAAGACUUAUACAUUUGUUGGUGAGGAUACUAAAAUUUACAAACAUACAUAUUUAUUAAACACAUUUGAAUAUGAAUCAUACUGGUACUUUUUAGGUGUUAUUGUUGCAUUAGCUGAAAAAAAAGUUAUCAUAACAGCUUUCAAAAACGGUCAAGAAUUCGAUACGCAAGAAUAUAGUCUUUCGUAUUAAAAUUAUGAUACGGACUCAUCAUAUUUGAUAGGAGGAAGUCUAUAGAUAAAUUUUAAUUAAACCCUAUUUAAUCCAGAAAUAUCUAUUUUUAGUUAUUUUCCAGGAAAUAUGAGGUACUAUCUUCCAUCUACUUAUAAUAUGAAAGAUAAUUAUGAUAUUUCUGUUUUUGGAAAUCGCAAUUUCCUUUGUAUAUGUACAUCCAAUGAUAUUCCUAAUAUUCCUGAUACAAUUAUUUCAAACCUUAAUUAGGAAUAUUUUAUAUCACAAAAUCCAAAUUGUGAUCAAUUUUUUUUUACGACAUGGAUUAGAAUCAAAGAAAAGAUCUUUUAUGAAAAAGAAAUUUAUUAUCAAUUAAUAAAAUUAUCUUCACACUUUCAGAAUCCAAAAUUAGUGAAUGAUAACCUAUCAGCUUUUUCACUUUAUUAUAAGUUGACUCAAAGCCUCAAUCAGAUCAUUAUAACAACAUACAGUUACACUUUCCCAACAAUAAAUAUUGAUUUUUCAGAUAAUCCGUUUUUAAUUAGGUAAACUUUCGAUAUAGAUAUGAAUAUACAAUUAUGGCAUUUUUUAAUUGUAAAGAAGAGUAAAUACUCUUUGUUGGUAACAAUAAACUUUUACGAGGGAAGAAAAGUUAAAGAAUAUUCAUUUGAGUCUAAUGUUAAUCAUUUUAAUUUGAUUAGAUUUAAAGUAACUAGUGGUAAUAUAUUGCAAAGUAUCAACUACUUAACAAUCUAAUUAAUAAAUAUGGCUUUAUAUAACUGCGACAUAGAAAUUAAUCCAGAACUAUGUCAUCUAUCCUGUUUGGAAUGCGACGGUCCAACUAAAUAUGAUUGUUUGUCUUGCUAUUCUACUUCAAAUAGAAUAUAUAACCAAAAAUAGAAAGCUUGUGUUUGUUAAUAUGGGAAAAUUGAUAUUGAUGGAGAAUGCAAAGAUUUCCACUCCUUUUAACUAAAUUUGUCUUAAGGGAAUGAAAAAAAGUUCUAAUGUACUUAUGGAUAUUUUGAAUUUGAAGAUUAAUGCUGGAAAUGCCCUUCUAAAAUAAAAGAAAGAUUAAUAACUUGUAUAGAAUGUAUUACAAAUCCAAAAACUUGGAUAAAAAAUCCAUAUUGUUAAUAUAAUUAUGUAGCAAAUAAUAAUCAAGUACCAUUUACAAAACAGGAUGAAGGGAUAUAAUAGUAUUUUUUUGAUGGAAAUGAUUUAAAAGUAAGCGAGAAUUCAGAAGAACAGUCUGAUAUUUAUUCAGAUUACAUAUAGACUUUUGCUCAUUUUUCAAAUUUUUGCUUGAAAUGCAAAAAAACUAUAUAUCCAAAAUGUUUCAUUUUUUCAUAUUGUUUCAAAUGUUAAAUUUAAAUAUCUUAACCAAUAUGUACUUAUUGUUGGGCUCUGUAUUAAUUAAUAGAUGGAAUUUGUCUAAAUAGUUAACACUGGUAGGUUCCAAAGGUUAUUGUUUGA